UCAGAAAUUGAGUGGAGUCCCACGAUGGGAGUGUGUCUCUUCAUGAGGGCAAUGGCUGUGGUGUUGCUAAUAGCAGCAACCGGGGCUGUACGCGCACUCGUCCAACACACCAUAGAGGUGAUGAAGCCAGGGCGAAGCAUGAAAGAGAUAAUCGUCAGGUCGGACAUCGCGUCCAGCCCACGACAAGAACGGCUGCAAACCUGGCGAAAACACGGGCGGUGUCCUGGCGGAACCGUGCCCAUACGGAGGGCCUCGCCCAACGCCAACACAGAUGCCAUCUCCGCCCUGCACAAACGAGGCCAUCGGGAGGUUGCCGCUGCUUAUGGAACUGACGGGCCGUACCACGGGCUUCGGGCAAACGUACCCUACUGGAGAGUUGAUGGUGUGCACCACGACGAGUUCUCCAUGAACUACAUCAUGAUUGGCUAUACGCUGGACAGGAGCUACAUUCCGAGGCCAGGGGCUGAGCCGCCUGCAAAGCUCACCAAUCAGAUUAUUGUUGGACUCGUGGCCUGGCCCGCUUUAUACGGAGACUCCCUACCGAGACUGUUUGUAUAUCACACCAACGACGGCGGGGUGAAUCACCACUGUUACAAUCACGAGUGUGGAGGCUUCACCCUCACCAACAACAAAUACGCGCUCGGCUGCUCGUGGAGCGGCCCUGGCUCAGAGGUCGGAGGCGAACGACGUAGCAUCACACUGGGCAUACACAGGGACGACGCCAAGCUGAUCUGGUGGGUGUCGGUGAUGGACGUGGACAUCGGCUACUACUCGGAGGACGCGUUCGACACGGCCUUCCCCGAGGGUUCGUACGUGGAGAUGGGCGGACGGGUGCUCAACACCAGGCCAGGAGGGAAGCACACCAGGACGCCCAUGGACAACGGCAUGCCCGCCUGCGCCGGCUCGCGCUUCGCCGCCACCAUCUUUGAGUACCUCGGCGUCAACGCCGGCGGGCAGCUCUUCUUGGACGCCCCGGACAGGACGGUCACCACGACGCCCGGCUGCUACGGCGCAAAACCCAUCGGCUUCAGCGCCGGCAGGGCCGGGUACGUGGUCGCAUACGGGGGUCCAGGGGGCAUCUACUGCGACCAGCCAUGCUGCUAACUACGUACUUGUAUACUGCAACUACUAGCUGGAUCUGCAAUCGCAGUAGAACCGUACCGUACCGGUGGAGAUGUUUCUUCUUUUAACAUCCAGCGUUGACUGGCUUCAUUUGAUUUAGCAGAGAAGCAGGGGAGAUGUAAUCUUCUCAUGUGGAAUGAACAAUCGGUUUUGCUAAAUCUCACUCCAAGUCUCAAUCGAUUGCAUGUAUUGACAAUAGAAAAUCUAUCCAAAGGUUUGCGAGAAUGUACCAAGGUCACACAAAAGAGGCCACCAUCAUA